AUGGCCUAUUUGAUGCAUAUUGGAUAUUUGCUUGCAUGCAUAGUGCUUUCCAAUUUCCAAUUAGCCAACGGCUCAAUAAAGGUACGGCUGCUAGCUGUCGGUACAAAAAUGGAGACAAAUUACUACGGAAAGUUCGUCAAUGUGUCGUGCACAUUCCGGCCAAACCUUUCCCUUGCUAACCAAACCGUAGACUGCGAUAUCGAAAUAUUACGGGAUAUUAAAGAUAUGAAGCUGACGGCGACUUACUAUGCUAUUGCUUUGAACAAGCUUGUUCAAACCGUCCUGCUGAAACGAUCGAUUGAUAUGUGCUUCUUCAUACAAAAUCCCCGUUCGGAUCGUUUGGUAAAUAGCGUCUACAACUACAUCAACCAACGCAGUAAUUUUCCAAGCAAAUGUCCCUUGUUUGCGGGAAACUACUUCAUACGCGGAAUUCGACCCAGCGAUGUUCCGAUACCGUCCUUUUUGCCCGAAAGUGAAUUCAUACUAGAGGAAGUCUAUCGCUCGGAAACUAGACACGAAACGCUGUUAGAGUUUCGUUUUUAUGGCAAGUUGGUACGAUUUAUAGAAACGUAA